AUGGUGCCCCCUGAACAUGUCCAAAGUCAAGCAGCGUCUAAAGCAGCAGAGGUGCACCAGAAAUACGUGCCACUACCCCAGUUUUCUGCUCCAGUACCCACCAACCCGCAACAUGCAAUGGCAGCUCUACCUCCUGCACUGGAACAGUUACCUGCAGUAAGAGAAAUGGACAGGGUCGUGGCCGUAAAAGAGAUUUGGGAACGUAACUGCACCACUUUGGAAACCAGUCAGCGGGAAGCUUUAUGGCAAGUGCUACUGCAGUACAAAGACAUCUUUGCCCUUUCUGAAGAGGAGGUGGGUCUAACACACUUGGUGCAGCACGAAAUAGACACUGGAGAUGCGCACCCGAUCAAAACGCGCCCCCGCCGACUCCCUCUGGCGCAUCAAGCGGCUGCUGAUAGCGCAAUUGACGAAAUGCUCGCGGCUGGUAUUAUCGAGCCGUCAGAUAGUCCCUGGGCUUCGGGGGUUGUGCUGCAAGGUAUCGCGGAGGCCGGGCUGAAACUCCACCCCAACAAAUGCUGCUUCAUGAGAAGGGAAUUGGAGUUUUUAGGGCACAAGGUUGGUGGAGAAGGCAUCAGCACUCUGGAGGAAAAGGUACAGGUUGUCAGGGACUGGCCAAUCCCCACUAACCUCAGAGAACUGAAGAGUUUCAUUGGACUAGCAUCAUAUUACAGGCGAUUUGUGCGCGGUUUCUCUUGCAUCGCCGCACCCCUGUUUGCCCUACAGCGGAAAAAUUGUGACUUUGUGUGGACCCCAGAGUGCGACCGGGCCUUUUGCACUUUGAAAAAGGCACUGACGGAGUCUCCCAUCUUAACCCCCCCAGAUACCAAUCUGCCAUUUGUCAUGGACACAGACGCCAGCGAUGCGGGGAUGGGUGCAGUGUUGAGCCAGGUGGGAUCACACGGGGAGAAAGUAGUGGCAUACUUUAGCAAAACUUUCAACAAGGCUGAGCGGCGUUAUUGCGUGACGCGGAGAGAGUUGCUUGCUAUUGUGAGAGCGAUAGGGCAUUUCCGGUACUAUCUCUGUGGCCUCCCCUUUACUGUGAGAACAGAUCACUCAGCACUCCAAUGGUUAAUGUCCUUUAAAGAACCAGAGGGGCAGAUUGCCCGCUGGUUGGAAGAACUUGCGCCAUAUAAUUUCAAAGUGGAGUACAGGGCUGGGAGUCGCCAUGCCAACGCGGAUGCCAUGUCCAGACGUCCAUGUGCUCUGGAUGGCUGCCGCUAUUGUGAAAAACGAGAGGCCAAGGAACAGGAGCUCUGUGUUGAGGAGCAGGCGGGUCCCUUGUGCAGCGGGGAAGGGCCAAUCUGUGAAGUGGCGGAGCUCCAUGAUCCACUGGAGUGGAGGGCUCAGCAGGAACUGGAUCCCGAUCUGCAACCUGUGCUGCAGUGGGUUGAAUCGGGACAGAGACCACAGUGGAGUGAGGUAGCUGGGUUUUCGCUGGCCACCAAAGGACUGUUUGAAAAGUUUACAACCCUCCGUAUAAAAGACAGAGUACUUCAAAGAGCGUGGAAAGAGCCAGCUACAGGGGAGGAAAGGUGGCAAACUGUAGUCCCCAGAGCACUCAGAGACCCAGUUCUGAAGGCUUGUCACGGAACUCCUGGGGCGGGACACUUUGGAGUCUCAAAAACUCUCAGACGGCUCAGGCAAGGGUUUUACUGGGGCCAGCUCAGGAGGGAUGUAGAGGACUUUUGUCGUCGUUGCGACCUGUGCGCUGCUUAUAAGGGCCCUCCAGGUCAAUCCCGUGCCGAGCUUCAGCAGUUGGCCGUGGGGGCCCCUAUGGAAAGAGUGGCUGUGGACAUAAUGGGUCCGUUUCCCCGGUCAGACCAGGGGAAUCGUUAUGUACUCGCUGCCAUGGACUAUUUCACUAAAUGGCCAGAGGCAUUUGCCAUCCCGGAUCAGGAAGCGGUGACGGUGGCAGACACCCUGGUGGAGGGAAUGUUUUCCAGGUUUGGGGCACCCGAAGUUAUCCACAGCGACCAGGGGAGAAACUUUGAGUCUGCCGUUUUCUCUGCAAUGUGUCAGCGUAUGGGAGCGCAAAAGACACGUACUACCCCACUACACCCUCAGAGUGAUGGGCUAGUCGAGCGUUUCAACAGAACACUCGCAAAACAACUGGCGAUCAUCACUGCAGAACACCAGCGGGAUUGGGAUAUGCACCUCCCCCUUGUCCUGCUUGCCUACAGGUCUUCGGUUCAGGAGUCCACAGCAUGCACACCUGCUCUUCUCAUGUUGGGGCGAGAGCUGCGGACACCCAGAGAAAUGUGCUUUGGCAGACCCCCACACACUCCUGCUGUCCCACCAGGACCGGAAUACGCUCGGAGGCUACAGGACCGGAUGGAGACAGCUCAUGCGUUUGCCCGUGACCAGCUGCAAAAGGCUGGGAUCCGGCAGAAAAGAAACUACGACAUGAGGGCCAAAGGAAGAGACUUUAACCCUGAGGACCUCGUGUGGGUGUUCAGCCCUAAGAGAAAAAAAGGGAGGUGCCCUAAGCUGGACUGUCACUGGGUGGGGCCCUGUAGGGUACUUGAGAAGCUUGGGGAGGUGGUGUAUAGGGUGCAGCUCCCACCUAGGGGUAGACGGGUGGCCCUUCACAGAGAUAGCCCGGUGAUCGCUCCUAGCUUGUGUCGGGGUCUGCUCGUCCGCCCGUUUGAUAUGUCGAUGCCAUCGGGGAAGUCCGGUGCUCGCCCGAAAAUCAAGAAGGAGGUGAUGGACAGUGACUUUGAGACCCAGUCCCGGAGGCACGAUAUGGAACAAAGUCGACGUUCUGAGCACUCUGCUCAUAUAAGACGGGUAGCCGCGGAGAUGGCAGCGGAGGCGGGUUUCAGCGGCGGGAGCGCCAGAGGACAAGCCCCGCCCGCCAUGAUUGACAGGUCACCAAAUUCAGACGAAAAUGGCGGCAGGGAACGACUGCAAGUUAAGACUCCGAAAUAUUCAGGGAAAGCAGACUGGGAGGCCUUCUAUGCCCAAUUUGAACUGUUGGCUGGGGCAGCUGGCUGGUCUGUAAAAGUAAAAGCACUCCAGCUGGCUCUGUGCCUUACUGAUGAUGCCCUGUCAUGCUUAUUGCUGUUAAGCCCAGCUGAGAGAGAUGAUUAUGGGGCUUUGGUUGGGGCCCUCCGGAGGCGUUUUGGACAAUGUAGCCAACCCGAUGUCCUGCGCUCAGAGCUGGCUAGCCGACAGAGGUUGACAGGCGAGCCACUCAGGGGGUUGGCUAACGAUAUUGAGACCCUGACAAGACGAGCUUACGCCCAUAUGCCCCCUGAAGUACAGAGUGAGCUGGCCAGGGACCAGUUCAUUCGUGCCCUGGCUCCCAGAGAACUUCGCGCACAGACACAGCUGGCACAUCCUAGAUCCCUGCAGGAGGCACUGGAGCUCGCCCUAGAGAGAGAGGCCGUAGGUUCAGCGUCUGAGAGUGGCCCCAUUGUGAGGACAGCAGUGCGGGAGGACCCAGGUCAGGAGAGGCCUGCCUGGGUUGCUGAGCUGACAGAACUGAUCCGAGCUGUGACGUUACAACCACAACGCGGCGGUGCCCGCCCGCGCCGUGGCCCUCCAGUGUGCUGGACGUGUGGCCAGGCAGGCCAUAUCAGUGUGCGGUGCCCCCAGAACUCGGGCGGUCAGGGAAACGCUCCGGGGUCUGUGUAA